AUGGCCAGGGCCCGGGGCUGGCUGUGCCUGGGCUUGUGCUUGGCGGUGCUGGUGGCCUUCCUGGCCGGGGUCCUGGUGGGCUGGAUGGCGAAGCUGCUGGAGGGAGCAGCCUGGGCACCGGGCUGGCACCACAGCGUCCACAGGAAGCUGGUCUCGGGGAUGGACACCGGGAGCAUCAGGCCCUUCCUCCGUUCAUUUACAAAGCUCCGUCACCUGGCCGGAACAGAACAGAACUUCCUGCUUGCCAAGAAAAUCCAAAGCCAGUGGGAGGAAUUUGGACUGGAUGUGGUCAAGCUGGUUCAUUACGACGUUCUCCUGUCUUACCCCAACGAGACGAACCCCAACUACAUGUCAGCCGUGGACGUGCAGGGGCUAGAGAUUUUCAAGACCUCAGGCCUCGAGGCAGCACCGGGUGGCUAUGAGAACGUCACAAACAUCGUCCCGCCAUAUAAUGCCUUCUCAGCCCAGAGCACGCCAGAGGGGGACCUCGUGUACGUGAACUACGGGCACACCGAGGACUUUCUGCUGCUGGAGAGGGAGAUGGGCAUCAGCUGCGCCGGGAGGAUCAUCCUCGCCAGAUACGGGAAGGUUUUCAGAGCAAACAAGGUAAAGAACACCGCAGCGGCGGGGGCCUCAGGUGUCAUCUUGUUCUCAGACCCGGCCGACUCCUCUGCGCCUGGGGUGCAGCCGUACCCCGAAGGGUGGAGCCUGCCUGGGACUGCUGUCCAGAGAGGCAACGUGUUGAACCUGGACGGCAUGGGGGACCUGCUCACUCCGGCCUACCCAGCCAAAGAGUAUGCCUUCAGACUUGAUGCAGAAGAAGGUGGGAUCCCCCAAAUCCCGGUACAUCCCAUCAGGUAUCAUGAUGCAGAAAUACUAUUACGGUAUAGUUUUUAA